UCAUCCUCUCAUAAGCACGUGAGAAUGGAGUCUGUUGCUCCUUUCAAAUCAGAUAAACCCUUUUGUACAAUGGAUCUGAAAUCGUGGAAUGUAAAUCAACCUCAUGUGCUAGUGAGAUCGAAUUCUCUACUUUCUUUAGAGGAUAAUCAGGCUGAGGAAGGGGAUGACGAAGCAGAUGGCCUAGCAAUGAAUGACGCCAAUGAAGAGGAAAAUGGUGACAGAGAGGAUGGCAUGGCGAUACAUAAGGUUGAUGAAGAAGAAGAUAAAGAGGAUGGAUCCACUAAUCAUGAGGUGGUAGAGAGCAAGGCUAACGAUGAGGCUGACAAUGGGGGAAACGCUGAUCCUAAGGAAGAAAAGGUCUCUACUCAUCAUAGAACUGAACGAUGUGAUAGAAGAUUACUUUAUUUUUGUGAGUAUGAUUCAUGUUGUGUGGGAGUAAGGCAGAGAUUUUGGAAUUUAAAAAGCCUCAAUGCACAUAGGGCAUUGAAGCACAACCUUCCCUUCAUUCCACCAGGAAGGCGUGGCCGAAAGCCCAUAGUACAACGAAAACAUCAAUAGGUAAUUUGCAAUUGUACUCUUAAAUAAUGUUGUCAGAUUAGUUUACUUAAGUGGUUGUAUGCAUCUGAAUUUGACCUGAUGUUAACAUUCAUGGCAUCAUAGGUCAAUGGUCAAGAAGGAACUGAUGGGCUUUAGCAGGUACCAUAGUUUCAAGAGAGAAAGCAAUUUGUUUUACUGGAAUGUUUAAA